UCAAUAUUUUAAUAUUAGCCUUACAAUAUUACUGCUUGAUUAAAAUUAAAAAUGAUUAAUUGCCCAGAUGCUCUUUGGUAAUGGCUUAUCAAUGUCGUGAAUUUAUAUAGUUUUAUUCCAUUUUUUUUUCUUCAAGUUUAGAAUGUCGCAAAGAUUGGUAAUUUUAGGGAAUCCAAUAAUGAUAUGGUAUGAAUUCAUUCAGCUUCAUUAAUUCCUCAAUUAUGACUGUUCAAUCUCUUACUAUACCACAGAAGAUCAGUGAGUUUCUACAAUCAGAUUUUUAUUUUGCCCUCCUUCUUUCAUCCUUUCUACUUUAUUUCAAAGCGUCCUGUCCUAGUGGUUCGAUUGGCCGACUGGAAUACUGCUACACACUCCAUAGUGAGCCGUUGUCAUGGCGACUCGCAGGGUCGCAAUGUGGCUUUGAUGGCGGUUUCUUGACCUCCAUAGUGAACAGACAGGAGAAUGACUUUCUUGUAGAAUCCUUCGGAAACCUGACAAGUUUAGCAUGGAUAGGAAUGGACUCGAGAGGGCGCUGGUUAGAUGGGUCAAGUUCUCAGCUUUUUUACAAUAACUUUAGAUAUGAGACGUUAAACACACAUAGUUGUCCAGUGAUUGACCUGGACAGAAACGGAAGAUGGAACGUCUCAAGCUGUCUAGAUUCUAGACUCGACUUUAUCUGCAAGAAGAAUAAAGAUGUUUCGGGUGGGAGAGACUCUCCUGCGCCUACAAACGGCGACGAUGGAGAAGAAUUUGAGGGAUCAUCGGGAAAGCCUAAUACCACACUCAUAUCCGUGCUCUCGGUGCUUUCUUUCUUCGCAGUCACCGGUUGCUGCUCGAUAGGAAAUGGCGCGGUGGCAAAGUUUUUUUGUAAAUGCACACUCGAUAUGCUGGCUGGAUUGUGUAGCUGCAUAAUCGACAUUCCGAUUCGUUUGUGCGGGUGGCUAUACGAAUGGUUAUGCGUUAUAGGACUUGCAAUCCAGGUAUGCUUUUAUCGAUGCUUUAGGUGUGGAGGCCUGUGCAAAAGGCAACAGGAAGGAACGGAAAGGGCAGAAAGUAUAUCAUCCUAUGAUUAUGAUCCUGAACCUCGAGGAGCGUUAAAUUGCUUUCGAUGUCUAAGGUGUGGAGGCCGGUGCAAAAGGCGACAAGAAGGAACGGAAGGUGUAUCAUCCAGUGAUCCUGAAACUCGAGAAGCGUUAAAUUGGCCUCCGCUAGCCGAAACGGGAACGGAUGAUCAAUCACGAGCCACGCCAUCAGCGCCCGCAGAUCCACACACAGACCCUCCUCCAGCGUAUGGGGACGUCACAUCUAAUCGUCCGCAAAGUACGCCAACAGCUCCACCGCCGUCACCGCUGCGUGACGACAGAACUGCGCCUCCGUCCUACGACGCAGCUUUGGAUCCAACUUUUGAUAUUCGACCUUCAAACAUUAGAGAUAAGACGAAAGCAGCCCCAUCCUACGAGUCAGUAGUUAGAUCUUAAAAGCAGUUUAUUACAAUUUGAUAAUGUCUUAGUUUUUAGUGGACGUCUCAUUCUAGAGAUGUUAUAGUUCAUCCAGGACCUGUGACGGUUCGUUCGAGUUUCCUUUACUCUUUAAGAGAGGAAAUUAACUUUCUGGGGAGUCAUAUUAUUAUGGAUCACUUCACUGGCGUAGAAAACCACUUUCAAAGAUUCAACCAAUAGCUGAAGUGGAAUCCACUAUUUUUGGGAGUGGAUUCAAUUCUAAAUGAAGUGUUCCUUAAAAGUAUGACUCAUCAAAAAAGUGGAUUCUACUUAUCAUGCAUCAAGAGAGUAGAAUCUUCCAAAGAUGUACUAGAGGCUGAAGAUCGAGGACCAUCUUUGGCCCACAAAGACCUCCAAACAUUGGGGUCCCAUUACUUAAAGUGACUCGGUAACAUUGCCUUAGAUUCUAAAAUAGAAUCCUGG